GGGAGGGCUUAGGUAAAUAGAGAGCGUGUGAUUGAGCGAGAGAGCGUGUGAAGCAUGUUGCUGCUGCUGGCUCUGUAAUGCACUGUGAGCAGAGGACGAGAAAGGAAGAGGGAGAGAGGGAGUCACACACACACACACACCCUGUCUCUUGCACGCGCACACACACAGAAACUGAGAAGUGUCUUGCUUGGGAGAUUGAGAGACACAUGCACGCACUCUCACUCUCUCACACAUGCACACACACACACACAGGGGGAGUGGUGAAGGCAGGCUCCGCUGCGUUUUGAAGCAGCAGUGAGAGUAAGAGAGAGGACUAGCCAGUACAGAGGACAGACGACUCUUAAGCUUGAACGGACCGUCACCUACCUACCAGCCCCCAGCCGAUGAGCCACAGCCACUGCCACAGCACCGUGAUAAAAGGGGUUAUGCCAGGAGAGCUUGAAAGGAAGGGAAGAUCCAGCUCUCCGUCCGUCCAUCUGUCCAUCCGCCUCUUCAUCCUCAACCCCCUUUUUUUCGGAGCCGGUAUCUCAGGUCGGACGGUCCCAUUUUGAAUUCUUCCUUUUCUCUUGUCAUUCUCUUCUUUUGAUGGCGGGAUGUUAAAGAUCAGGUGAAGAAAGGAGGAGCUACAUUGUGGACGUCUGCCAGGUCAUGUCGUUUAUACAUUUUUUGUUUGUUGUUUUUUCAACGAUCCCUCAUUUGUCCUCCUCCUAACUGAAUUGAAGAGUGUGUGUGAGACGCAGGAUUGGAGCCUAUAAGGACUUUGAGACUCAUCUGUUUUGAUAUGAUCCGGUCGUCAGGCAAAUUCUUUCCUGUCCUGACGGAGCUGUAUCAAAGUUAGCUGGAGCUCAAGGGAGAGGAGGGGGCCGUGGGGAGGGCCUGGGGCCCACGACAGAGCACCCGCAUUGGGACAAAUGCAGAGAGGGACACUGGCAUAGUGGUUCUUCUCACCCACUGUUUUCUGUGUACAGGAACAUGACAACAGUAGUUUUCUAUUGUCCUGUUGUCAUGUUGACGGAGGGAAAGUGACAUACCAGGGCAACACCUGAACAACAACAACGGUAACAGCAAGGACAGGCAACCGCCAUAUCUAAAAGUCAACAACAGGUAAACCACCAGUGACAGCAACAAUGCACUGCAUCUAACCAAACCUCAAUCAGCCAACACCUGAUAACUUUGGGUGGGCCUUUGACAAGGACUCCACCCCUCCAUCUCUCCAUCCCCCUCUCUCCCUGCUGUGGUGUCCUUCUCCCUUCAUCCUCCAGCGAGAAUCCCCUAGUGACUGUUGACAUUAUAUUGACAUUUAUAUGUCAAUCUAGGCAAGUUUGCUCAAAGGAUUCUGGGUAAUCACCCCGGGCGGUGCUCCAUCGCCCUGGGUGAAAGGGCAGGGGGGCGGCCCACGGUUCCCCCCGACCACAACCGGGUGAAGAGCGGGCGCGGGCAGCAAGAUGGCGGCUCUCGCCAGCUCGUUGAUCCGCCAGCGGCGGGAAGUGAAGGACCCCCAGGCCAACCGGCAGGUGGCCAACAAGAGGAAGCCGUGCCCCAAGGCCAACAAGUCCCUGUGCCAGAAACAGAUAUUAUUACUCAUUUCAAAAGUCCGACUAUGUGGCAAUCGAGGCCGAAAAUUAGAAAAAAGACCGGAGCCCCAACUGAAAGGCAUUGUCACGAGACUCUACAACCGGCAUGGCUUCUACCUCCAGAUGCUUCCGGAUGGCACCAUGGACGGCACAAAGGACGAAAGCAGCUCCUUCUUGCAGUUCAACUUGAUUCCUGUGGGCCUGAGGAUAGUAGCCAUCCAGAGCACUAAGACAGGGCUCUACAUUGGGAUGAAUAGUGAUGGAUACCUCUACACUUCGGAACACUUCACCCCAGAGUGCAAGUUCAAAGAGAGUGUGUUUGAGAACUACUAUGUGACGUACUCGUCCAUCCUGUACCGGCAGACCCAGUCGGGCAGGGCCUGGUACAUCGGCAUCAACCGGGACGGGCAGGUCAUGAAGGGCAACAGGGUCAAGAAGACCAAGGGGGCCGCCCACUUCCUGCCCAAACUCAUCGAAGUGGCUAUGUACAGGGAGCCGUCGCUACAUGAAGUGGUGGUGGUCGCCGAGCUGAGUUCGCCCAGGAAAAUGGCCAAGGCCUCCGAUUCACCUGUGCUGCAGAACGGCAAAAAAGACCCGCCCUCAAAAACCAAAACCUCCUAG